GACAAAAGAAUUGCUGUCCUAAGCCCUUAUGUCAUGAUCUGACCCCCCNAUAAAAUGGAACCUUUGAAAACAUGCAAAAGCAUCAUCACAUUUUCAAGCCUGUCUAUCUAUCCUACAAGAAAACAUGGCAGUCCUCACAUAUCAGCAGCUCCAUUUCAUCUUGUUCCCAUUCAUGGCUCAAGGCCACAUGAUCCCCAUGAUAGACAUAGCCAAGCUCUUGUCUCACCGGGGCGUCAUGGUAACCGUUCUCCUGACGCCCCACAACGCUGCCCGGGUCGGCCCUGUCGUCUCCCGGGCACAGGAAUCCGGGCUGCCCAUCCAAGUCCACCUCCUCGACUUCCCGUGCGCCGAGGCCGGGCUACCCCCCGGGUGCGAGAACUUCGACCUCCUCCCGUCCUUCGACCUGGCGAUGAACUUCUUCGACGCCACGAAGAAGCUCCGUCCCCAGGUCGAGCGGCUGCUGCGGGAGGGCCUGAAGCCCUCCCCCAGCUGCAUCAUCGCCGACAUGUGCUUCCCCUGGGCGACCGAACUCGCCCACGGGCUCCACAUCCCGCGGAUCGUUUUCCACGGGAUGUGCUGCUUCUCUCUCCUCUGCGAGCACAACCUAGUCCGUUGGCCCGAGCUCGAGAAGGUCGGGUCCGACUCGGAGUACUUCCGGGUCCCCGGGGUACCCGACAAGAUCGAAAUGACGAAAUCUCAGGUCACACACAUGGUGAACCCAAGGUCAAAAGAGUGGAGUGAGUUGUGGGGUGAGAUCAUAAAAGCAGAGGAAAAUGCUUAUGGGAUUUUAGUGAACAGCUUUGAGGAACUUGAGCCAGAGUACAUAAAAGAGUUCAAGAGGGCAAGGGGGAAACAUGUUUGGACCAUUGGGCCUGUUUCUUUGUGCAACAAUGUGGGGCCUGACAGGGGUGAAAGGGGAAACAAGGCCUCCAUUGAUUUGGACCAGUGCUUGAACUGGCUCAACUCAAUGGGGCCCGCUUCGGUCCUCUUCGUGUGCCUCGGGAGCCUCUCCCGCUUGCCGACGCCCCAAAUGGUGGAGCUCGGCCUCGCCCUCAAGGCGUCUAAGCGCCCCUUCAUUUGGGUCAUCAGGCACUUAUCCAAGGAGUUCCAAGACUUUCUUGAGCAAGAAAAAUAUGAGGAGGGAGUGAGAGGGCAAGGGCUCAUAAUCCAUGGUUGGUCCCCACAAGUGCUCAUCUUGUCCCACCCUUCAGUGGGGGCAUUCAUGACCCACUGCGGGUGGAACUCGACGCUCGAAGGGAUCGCCUCGGGGGUCCCACUCCUCACCCUGCCGCUAUUCGCGGAGCAGUUUCUGAACGAGAAGCUGACGGUGAACGUGCUGAAGGUCGGGGUGAGGGUCGGGAUGGAGUCACCGAUCGUGUUCGGGGAGGAGGAAAUGGCGGGAGUCCAAGUGAGUAGGGACAAGAUCGUGGCGGCCAUCGAGGAGGCGUUCGGCGGCGGCGGCGAAGGGGAAAUGAGGAGAAAACGCGCGAAAGCGUUCGGAGAAGCGGCCAGGCGAGCGGUGGAGGAAGGAGGCUCUUCUCACCUCAACAUUGCCAAACUAAUUCAAGAUGUUGGGGAGGAAGCUAAAGCUCUAAAAUCAGCAGCAUGAAGCUAAUUGUUAUCAUUUUGUUCUUAAAUCAUUAAGUAUCCAUUUUGACUUUCUACUAUACAUAUAUAUUAAGAAUCUAAUAAUUGUAGACAUAUUAUAUGGCUACAUUCAUUCAAUUUUUAAUGUAUCUGAAAAUAUGGUACUAGUAAUGAACAAUUAUUAAAGUUCCCAGGGAGUACAAAAUAUACUCCUAAUUAAUACUCUCUCCGUACCUAAAUAGAUUACAAUUGUUUAC